CCACACGCUAGCAAACUGUGCCGCCAACGGGGGAGGAAUGUUAUUUUUUGGAUGUUCGGUUUUCUGACUUGCUAGACCGAGUUUUUGCAUGCACAUUUCGGUCACGAUAAUGUUAAAAGUGCAAAAUGUAAUUGUGAUUUAAUCAUUAUUGUGUUUAAAGUUCAGGCGUGAUACGGCUGAUGUAAUUCCAUCUAAUGCUGACCGAUUCUGAGUGCGGGCUGUUAGGCGGUGGGCAGGGCCACGUGUGUUUAUAAAACCAUUCACUAAAGCAAGCUGUAGUGAGCGGCUGGAGCACAGUACGAGGAGCUGCGGUGAGCACAGCAAGGCUGAAGGAUAGCAUAGUUCUAACCUACCCAAAACCGCCAAAAUGCCGAUUGUCGAGAUCGAAGACUUGGAUCACUUCAAGCGUGUCUUGCAAGACGCUGGCUCAAAGUUGGUGGUGGUGGACUUCACAGCCACUUGGUGUGGCCCUUGCCGAGCAAUUGCUCCCCAUUUCAAAGAAAUGUCAGAGAAACUCAAGGAUGUCGUUUUCCUGAAGGUUGAUGUGGAUGAGGCACAGGAUGUAUCAGCGCACUGUGACAUCAAAUGCAUGCCAACUUUCCAGUUCUACAGGAAUGGGGAGAAGAUUUCAGACUUCUCUGGUGCCAACAAGGACAAGCUGGAAGAGACGGUCAAAAGUCUGAUGGCGUGAAACCCUUUGCCUCUACCCACCAUGUCUUACAGGAGGUGCCAUUUUGCCUGAAAUGAUACCACUUUGUGCAUGUUCCACAUAUGUAAAAUAAACAUUUUGUUUACAUA